AUGGCGGGCCUCCAAUCCAAAGACAAUAAUGAUAACAAAACUGCUGUUGAUGACGUUCAAGAUGUCCCAGUUCACAGCGGUGACCUCGAUGCAGCUUACUUCGCUGAGAUCGACGAUGGGUACUUGGGAUCGUCAUGGACGACCAAAUUCUACCGUGGUGUUCUGUUUCAGAUGAUCAUGUUUGGAGCUCUCUCGUUCGUCGGCCCAGCAAUGUCAGAUGCUAUCAGCAACCUCGGUGGCGGAGGUCUCUCAACACCAUACCUCGCCAACCUUGCCACAUCCCUCGGUUACGCUUCGGGAUGUUUGAUGACACUCUUCGGUGGUCCAUUGAUCAACAAGUUUGGCAUAAGAUGGUCGUGUAUGAUUGCAGCUGUUACAAUGCCCCUUGCUGGGUCGAGUUAUUAUGUCAAGGCGCGAUAUGGGCUGGACUGGUAUCUCCUACUUUGCAAAAUCCUGGGGGGAUUUACUGGAGGUUUCCUAUACGUGGGCGAGACGACUGCCAUGCUAUCAUAUCCACCACAAGACGAUCGAGGAUUCUACCUAGGAAUCUGGUCUGCUAUGCGAAACUCCGGAAGUAUCAUUGGAGGAGCGAUCAACUUUUCCACGAACUAUCAGAACUCGAAUGCAGGCGGCAUCGCUUGGUCCACAUACUUGAUCUUCGUUGGGUUCGAAUGUACCGGUGUAAUCUGGGCUUUCUUGCUCUCGCCUACUUCCCGCGUUAGACGCAAGAACGGCGAGCGCAUUCCUUCUUCAGAGGGUGUCAGUUGGAAACAGGAGUUCGCAGCUUUGUGGAAGCAUCUUCAGCGGAAGAAGACUUGGCUCGUGUUCAUUCCCGCAUUCUACUCGUUCUUCUACGGCGGAACACUAGGGACUUAUCUGUCACUUCACUUCUCAGUUCGAGCUCGCGCUCUCUCAUCACUCAUAACCCCAACAAUCACAAUCCCCAUGGUCGUGAUCUACGGCAAAGUUCUCGACUGGAAGCGGUGGUCCCAACCAAAGCGAGCAUGGAUCGCCUUCCUCCUCUGGCUCAUCCCACAAGCUGGCUGCUUUCAUCUGGAUCGGAAUCGAAUACAGCAAGUUCGGGACCUCGAAAACUGCACUGGAUUAUAA